GAAACAGUAAACCAGCUCAUCCACACACCCAUGGCCACACAACAAUCAAAGAUUUAGCGGGAAGUAUAUUAGGAGAUGACAAGAAUAAAGAAGAUGGAGAACUUUGGAAUACCGUCGAAGCACAAACAGCUUUUCUUGGGCCUAACCUCUGGGAUAAGACUUAUGAAGCGGACCUUAAGUACGUGGAUUUGGACGAAUUUCUUUCGGAAAACGGUGUGUCCAUGGACGGAAUGGGAUCGCACGGGUCUCUAGGUCAACUGAGUACUUCCCAAUCACUUCCCAAAAGAGAACGAUCUCCUAGUCCCAGUGAUUGCAUGAGUCCAGACACCAUGAAUCCUCCAUCACCUGCCGAUUCAACAUUAUCUAUGGCUUCGAGUUGUCGAGACUUCGAUCCACGGAAGAGAGCAUUUUCAGAUGAGGAUCUCAAACCGCAGCCCCUCAUCAAAAAGUCCCGAAAACAGUUUGUGCCCGACGACCUCAAAGACGACAAGUAUUGGGCGAGGCGCAGGAAGAACAAUUUGGCUGCCAAGAGGUCUCGGGACGCCCGGAGGAUGAAGGAGAACCAGAUCGCCCUCAGGGCCGGAUAUCUCGAGAAGGAGAACAUUGGUCUCCGCCAAGAACUUGAACGACUGAAAAAAGAAAACCUCAUGCUACAAAACAAAUUGUCGAAGUACGAAGACGUCUAGAUAGCAGAAGGAGCUGGUCUCUUUUCCACAAUUCAUUAGCAGCCGUUAAUUUCGAAACUCGAUACUACUUAAAUCCGGUGAAAAAGUGUUCCUCCAGGAGACAGCCAAACAUUUGUAUAUAAACAUACACAUUAUGUAGUCGUCAUGUAGUGUUAAGUUCAUUACAUCGUAGCAAAAUGAAUUUAUUGAUUUUUCGUUUCAUUCGGUUCCUGUAGUAAAACACUUGGCUCAGUGUCAAAUCUCGCCUGAUUUCUUUUCAUAUUUCAGGUCUGUAUGAUUCUAUAUUAGAAUCGACCUGGACGUUCAUAGUUUCUGCCAAGUGUUUUUCUGUGAGGACGACUUAAAAAGAACUACCCAUGUUUGGGUAACAGACCUCUGUUAAAUUUGUAGACUAAUUAUUUGUUGAUUGUUUUUAUGUUUAUAUAGUCUAUUUUUGGUUGAAGUUAAGUUAGCGUAGUUCUAAGCAACAUAGAGAAUCCGUAGUAUGCUCACAAAUUUGCAGAACUAGAGAAAAUAAGAGCACAACAGAUGUUGCUGUUUUUCGGUUAAUUUCUAAGGAAUUCAAGUUUAUUUCUUUGCUUAUUCAAACCAGAAGAGUCGUGAUGGUGGAAAUUUCUUUGGGUUAAAAGUACGAUUCGGCAUUUCUAGAUAUUUCUUCAAUUAGAACUAGAUAGGUACUUAAAGCUGGAUGACGUUUAUGUUGGCAUUUGGAUGCCUUGCCCUUUAGCCAUUUAUUUGUUUAGAGUGUAUGCGUAGCUUUAGCGAUUCUUUGCCACACACACGUAAAUCAGAUAAAAUUUUCGUUUUUAUUUUGUAGAAUCUUGUUGACAUGCAUCAAAUUCGAGAUAUUGAGGUUGAUAUUAGAUACAAAUAGGUUGUCAGUGAUUUCGAACAGUGAUAUGAAUGUUUGAGAAAAUAAUGUUACCAUAAUAUUAAGAGAUAUUAGCGUUAAAAACGACUGCAGUGAAAUUGUUGGUGUUGAUCUUGAAUAAAAUUCACGAACUGCCUUAAGGCAUGCCUUACAAAGUUUGAAUUUUUAUAUCUGUUGUGAAUAUUUCUACUGCAGUGGAGUUUCAUACCAGUACUGAAUACGCAAAAAAUUAUUUUCAGUGAACAAAUGUUUAUAUGUAUUUACAAAAUGUUACUGUUGAACCUUUACUACAUUAUAUUAUAUUUAUUUGUAUAAUUUUACAUUGCAGAUGUAUACAAACAUGGCCUCAAAUUGACGAAUGUAAUGAUUUUGUAGAUUUUGCAGCUUACAAUUUGCAGAUACAAAAGUUGCGAAACAAUUUUAGGAUGAAUUGAAGGUGUUCUUAUGUAGGUUCUAUAAAAAGUACUCUUAAAACUGUAAUUGCUAUUGUGAGCAUUAAAUGAUGUAAAGUUU